GAGUGGUGGCAGCACUGGCUAUUAAAAACACCGCAGAAACUGUCAAAGUUGGACGAAAUCUGCGGCGAAAGAAUCUUCUCAGCGGUAGAGGAAGGAAUUUUUUGGUUGGUGCCGUUCGUGUUUGUGCAAGUUUUACAAGGAAGGAUUUUUCUGGAUCAUCAUCAUGGGAGACGGCAACGAAGGCGAGAAGCAGCCGCUCCUGAAGGACAAGAAGGCCAAACACAACGGGGACACCGAUACCAACCAGACUACGACUGUCUCACCAAUCGGUCCAGAUGAACUGCCACCAGCCUUUUACCAGAGUCCUCCUGGUGCUGGUACCCCUAUGGUCACUUGCAGAGUGUGCCAGGCCAUGAUUGAUAUAUCCGGCAAGAGGGAUCAGCAUGUCGUUAAAUGCUGCCAAUGCAAUGAAGCAACUCCAAUCAGAAAUGCUCCACCUGGAAAGAAAUAUGUUAGGUGUCCAUGCAAUUGCCUCUUGAUUUGCAAGAGCUCUUCUCAGAGGAUUGCUUGCCCCAGGCCCAAUUGCAAGAGGAUCAUCAAUUUGGCCCCAUCACCUGUUACACCUCCAGUUCCAUCUAUGCCAGGCAUGUGCAGAGUGACUUGUGGCCAUUGUCAUGACACUUUCUUGUUUAAUACAUUAAAUAACGCCCUAGCUAGAUGUCCGCACUGCCGAAAGGUGUCGAGCGUGGGUCCGGAUUACUCGAAGGGACGUGGUAAUGUUUUUAUAACUUUGAGUUUAAUUUUCUUGGCCAUCGGCGUCGGCGUGACGGCCGGGACGUACAUGUACGCCCGCAAUCACAGCGGAAUCUACGUUGCGUACGUCGGUGCUUUCAUAAUUGCCAUACUUCUUUUCUUGCGAAGUAUCUACUAUUACACUAUGAAAGUGAGCGCUAUAGAUGGACCAAUGUAAGUGGUGCAGUGCAGACAAAUACGGGGCAAAGAUAUAUUGUGUUAAAAGAUUAAAAAAAAAAAACUUAGGUGUAGCUUGUAGAAUUUUAUAUUUACUACCUAAAUGUAAG